UCUCAUCAAUGUAUUAUUAUUGUUUGCUUAGCUUGCUCUUGCUUUUGCUAUUCUAUCUCUUUAUAAUAAUAAUUGGUGCCUUCUCUUAACUCUGUUUCAAUAGACAAAUGGGAAAGAGAGGAACAAGGUUACCAGGCUUUUGCCUGAACAGAAUUAGGCCUCAUGCUCGAAUGCGAUCGCCCCCGAUAAUACAAGAAGCCAAGAAGAACGAUGACUCGACCACGAAAACCGGUGAUCAGAAUACAAAGAAUGAGAAUUCUAGCGGCAGUUGUGAGGAGACACCAAAGGAAGAAGCGAAAGCCGGGGUUGUAAUUGGUCGGAAGAUUAUGAUUGUGGUUGAUUCUAGCCUUGAAGCUAAAGGUGCUGUGCAAUGGGCUCUAACUCACACGGUUCAGAACCAGGACAAAAUUAUUCUUCUUCAUGUGAUCAAGCCUUCUAAUAAACAAGCCACUGAAGUAGAAUCCAGCAAGGAGAGAGCUCCAAGGGCUUAUGAACUUGCUUGUUCUUUUAAGAGCAUGUGCAAUGUGAAGAGGCCGGAGGUAGAAACAGAGAUUGCAGUAGUAGAAGGGAAAGAGAAGGGGGCGAAAAUAGUGGAGGAAGCGAAGAAAGAAGGGGUGGGGCUUCUAGUAUUGGGGCAGAAGAAGAGGUCCACAACGUGGAGACUAGUGAUGAUGUGGGCAGGGCAGAGAGUGAACGGUGGGGUGGUGGAUUACUGCAUUCAGAAUGCACAUUGCAUGGCCAUUGCUGUCCGCAGAAAAAGCAGCAAGAUUGGUGGCUACAUGAUUACCACUAAGCGCCACAAGGAUUUCUGGCUCUUAGCUUAGUAAUUAUAUGAACAUAUGCAUGCACGUGCUCACCUUCAUCUAAGAGUGUACAAUACAUCAUUUUAAAAGAAGAAAAAGUGCUAAUGUCUACAUACAUAUUGUGUUUGUCUCUGUACAUGUUAAAAGUGAUGUGUAAUGAGAAAUGCA